ACCUAUAUGAUAAGGCAGAGGGUGAACUUAUGAUGUCUUGUCGAAAAAGUUGACAGAUUGCCUUAUUUUUAUUCUUAGUUUGCCAUGAAAAACAAGUUUUCCCAACAGUUGUUUCAGUUUCAUCUAGCAGUAUGAAGGGUGAUUUCCAUCGUCAUUAAAACCUUCAAAAAACGAAAUAUAUACCCGAGGAGACUGCAUCAAAGACAAGAAAGAAAUCCUUUGGAGAAACAGGAUUUAUUCCAACACAUUCCAUCGUGUUGGAAUAAAAUCAGUGUAAUUACAGAGCUGACCACGUUGGUCGAAUAACAAACUGAUUUAGCAAUAAAGUAUUAUUACUAAACCACUGUUGAAAAAAUAUAGAUAAAUUUUUACACAAAAUAUUAGCAUUUGUUGGUCGGGGGUAUGAUGCUGUGGGGGAAUCCGUCAGUGAGCUGUGGACAGCAGAGAGGCGGAGAGGAGAGGCGGGUCUGACGGAGCUCCACAGCGUGUCUGAAGCAAAAUGAAACAUGGAUGAGGAGGUCGCCGAAAGUUGGGAGGAAGCUGCUGAUAGCGGGGAAAUGGAAAAGCGGUUAGAAGAGAAGCUACGGAUCAGCCAGAAAGAAAAGGAGUCCAGUAAUAAUUCUUCACGGUCUCCAUUGAAGACCACCAUGGUAAUCCAGGACGACUCUCUACCAGCAGCACCGCCGCCUCAGAUUCGCAUCUUGAAGCGUCCUGCAAACAACGGGUCGUUGGGAUCAGCCUUGAAUCAGAACAGGCCUACACCACAGGUCAAGUCUCUGGCCCAGCGGGAGGCAGAGUACGCAGAGGCCAGGAAGAGAAUACUGGGCAGCGCCUGCCCAGAGGAGACGCCUCAGGACAAGCCCAACACUGACAGGCCAGGGCGCAUUAACUCUACAUUGCCUUCAGAGGACACCAGAUCAAACAAUCAUACUGUCCGGCAGCCAGCCGGCCCAGACGGCACCCAAGGGUUCCGACAGCACAGAUAAGUUGGCCCCUGGGCCACCCAGCCAUUGAGGGGAGGGAGAGAUCAAGGGCCACCUGAGAGCAAAGACAGCACUGUAUUUUUUAAAGCUUCCUUCCUUCAGUUCCAUUAUAUCGAAUGGUCUGCUGCCCGACUCUUCUCACUCGGAGACCGCGUGGAAGCGCCAGGGAGCCUGGAACUCCAGGAGGAAGUAAAAAACGGAUGGAAAUGUGCUCUCUUCUCUCCCCACUCCAGUCUGUUUGACACUGUGAUUAUGAACAUAUUCUGGACUCACUGUGAUGAUCCCUUUAAGAGACCCCCCCACCCCACUCCCACCCCCCACAACCCCCACCUCCAUCUCUCUCCUCCGUCAGUCCCCAGCAGUCCCGUCGUCUCAGGACGCUUGCAGGGUCGAAGCAAAGACUUAAAACAAAAAGAUAGCUGAAGAGAAGAGGAGAAGUGAUGGGCCAUAGCAAAACGAGAUGAGCUGGUACAUGUGCAGCAGCUUGUCCCCCAGCAAUAAUACCAGAUAUCACUUGUCACACCAUAUACAUGUUUUUAAUCUUCCAGAUGUUGGCUCACUAAAUUUUUAUCUUUAGUUUAUCUUGCUUUUUUGUUAUCGAUACUAGGGAUGCACUGAUAUCUUAUUUCAGAUUAAAAGUGUGAGGAAAUUCCUCAUAUUACUUGCCAAUACCAAGCAACAGCUACAAGUACUAAACGUUAUUUUAAGAUUAAGAUUUCUUUAUUGUCAUUUCUCAGCACGCACUGAGAUAUUUGAAACAAAACAUGUACUCUGAAUUUGACCCAUCCUAUACAUUAGGAGCAGUGGGCAGCCGCAGUGCAUUCUGGGGACUAACUACCAGUGGUCACUGACAGGAGUAUCAACCCAAACACGGCCAGGUUUGAACCCAGGGCCUUCUUGCUCUGAGACAACAAGCGCUGACCACUGAGCCGCCAUGAUGCAUUAUACAUAAAUCACCAAGAGCCUGUUCAGUAAAACAGUAUAUACGUUUUUUUAAAUAAACAAUAUCUGCAGUUUUUUUAUGAAAUAGGAAACAGAGUUUUUCCACCUUUUUUUUGUUUCGUAGUAAAAUGGUCCCGAGCCGUUAAGUGUUUGUUUAAACAGAGAUGCUGUGGGCUGCAGCUUGCGGUGUUUGAUCUCUUACAGUAAAGUCACCACUGAUGCUGAGUACUUAUUUGGUAGCUGCCCUGUAACAUUAUCAGUGCACCCCUAAUAUGUACAUUGCCAUUUGUUUUUAAAAACUGAGGGAAAGGGUGUCGUGUGUCAAGUUGUAUAUCUGACAAGUUCUGUUUACGGUUUCUUUUUUUUUUUUUCUUUUUUUUUUUUUUUUUAAUUAAGCUUUCCAGCUGUCUUCCUUGGACUGUCAUUUCAUCGUUUCUAUUUAAAAGUAAAAGCAAAAAAAAAAAAAAAAAAAAAAAGCAAAUGAAGAUUGUGGAUUGAAGUCCAUUUUAAGUAGCUUUUCUGCCUUUUUGUAAGAGACGGCAGUGAUGUCGAGCAGUAUUUUAAUCGAAACAAACCAAAAGCCCAUUUUAAAAUCACCCUGUAUAUAUAUCAAUUAAUUCAGAUGUCGUUAUUUUAAGUCGGUGUCGGCAGCAACUAAAGGGAGGGUCAGAUGGAGAAUGAAUUUACUGCUGUACUUCACAAGCCUCUCCGUCAUAUCUCCACCUCGUCAGCGGUGUGCUCCUCUCUUCAUGUCCUUCACUGACUUACAGUUAUGCAGGAACUCAGGUGCAAGUGAACCAGACUGAAUGAAUGAAAUGAACGAAGAUUGUAUUUUUCCAGCAGGUUGGAUUGCUAGAACAGCAAAUGUCCGUAUUAAAGCUCGAGUUGAGAAUGAGGUGAAAUGUAACUGAAGAGAUGUCCACGUCCUAAGAUGAACGACUGAAUGCCAGUCUGUCAGUUAGUUGUUUUUAUUUUGUUUUGUUUUGUUUUCUGUCUGUUCACUAGUCUUGACUGUUGGCAUCGUGGUCACAGUAAGAAACGGUAACAUCACUCCCUGUGUGAUUGUUCACUAUCUGGCAUUUUUAACUGAUGGUCCACUGCUGAAACGGAGAAUAUAAACAGUUAUACGUGACCCAGAGAGGAAAUGACUACCUGGCUGUCCAGGACCGCUGUGCCCAGUAGAUGUUCUUAGUUUUUCACCUUUUUAUCUGUUCAAACGGAGAGGAGAUCUCAAUAAAGCCAUAUUCAGUGGUGCACAUCCAUCAACAGAAAAGUUCUUGUAAUGGUUGAAUUCAGCUUGUGCCUCCUGUAUCACACCUUUUACUUCCUGGUUGUUGAUUUUGUUACUGUAGUAAGUGAAAAACUGAGUAUACCUGAGGGAAAAUUCAGAAUACUGGAAGAGAUUUUAGUUCAGGAAAUCUAGCAGCAGUGCAGGAGACAAAGACGGGUUUAGCUGAGCUCUGAGUGAGAACACAAACUGCCUGUAAAUACAGAUUUAAUAAAAUGAUUUGCAAAAAAUGUCA